GCUAUGCCCAUAUUUGAAGGAGUCUUUAUAUUCCUGACAGAAGACAGCUGCAAAAAAAAAGGCCAUAAGAAUUUAGAAGCUCUGUUCAAACGUGCCCUUCAGAGUAAAUCAGAUAACUCGGUGAAAAAAAGAUUUCCCAAAUUGAAGAAAAAGAAAAAACAUGAUGCCAAAACUGAAGACAGGCCCCUCGUGACAAACCACAUGCCAAAGGACAACAUGUCUGGACAAACAUCUAUGCAGACCCUAUCUACUACGAAUCAAAAGUCGACCGGUGUAAAAAAAGACAAUCGCAAAAAAGAAAUACUUAAGGUGUUGGAACACCUGGGCAAAGAUAUGCUUCAUGGUGUUUUUCAUCAUUUGGCAAAACACGAUGUUCUGACAUUGAAGGAAAAGGAAAAAUAUUACAGUGUCAAAAUUGAAGACAAGGUAGACUCUGUGCUAAAGAAUGGCAUGGCUCAUCAAAGGUUUAUCCAAACCCUUCUCAAUAUGGACCAAAGGAUCACCAGUGUAAAACCUCUUCUGCAAAUUGAGGCUGGACCACCUGAGUCAGCAGAAUCUACAAAUACUCUAAUACUUUGUCCUCAUGAAGAAUUCCUGAGACGGUGUAAAGAAAACCAUGAUGAGAUCUAUCCAAUAAAAAAGAGAGAGGACCGCAAACGCCUGGCUCUCAUCAUAUGCAAUACAGAGUUUGAUCAUCUUCCACCAAGGACUGGGGCUGACUUUGACAUCCUGGGGAUGAAAGGGCUGCUUCAGGGCCUGGGCUACAAUGUGGUUGACAAAACGAAUCUCACAGCCAGGAAAAUGGAGUCAGAACUGAGGGCUUUUGCUAGGCGACCAGAGCACAAGUCCUCCGAUAGCACGUUCCUAGUGCUCAUGUCUCAUGGCAUUCUGGAGGGAAUCUGCGGAACUGCACAUGACGAGAAAAACCCAGAUGUGCUGCUUUAUGACACCGUCUUCCAGAUAUUCAACAACCGAAACUGCCUCAGUCUAAAGGACAAACCCAAGGUCAUCAUUGUCCAGGCCUGCAGAGGCAAAAGACGUGGGGAACACUGGGUCAGAGAUUCUCCAGCAUCCUUGGCAGUCAUCUCUUCACAGUCACCUGAGAACCUGGAGGAAGAUUCUGUUUGCAGAGUCCACGUGGAGAAGGACUUCAUUGCUUUCUGUUCUUCAACACCACAUAACAUGUCCUGGAGAGACCGCACAAAGGGCUCCAUCUUCAUCACGGAACUUAUCACAUGCUUCCAGAAAUAUUCUUGGUGCUACCACCUAAUGAAAAUAUUUCAGAAGGUACAGAAAUCAUUUGAAAUUCCAAAGGAUAAAGCCCAGAUGCCCACCAUAGAACGAGUAUCCUUGACAAGAGAUUUCUACCUCUUUCCUGGCAAUUGAAAAUGAAACCACAGGCAGCCCAGCCCUCCUCUGUCAACACCAAAGAGCACCUUUACCUGUAUAGCUUGCAUAUUCAACAUUUGGUGUUUUGAUAAAAGUAAAGAUGGUAUCUUUUUAGAUUGUAUGAACUGUAUAUUUUUAGAUUCUCUAAUAGACAAUAUAAUUUCCAUGAAAAUGGUGGACAAGUGGAAAUGAAGUGGAAGAAGCUAACUGGAUUUUCGAGUUUUAUGGCUGAUGUAACUUCUAUACUUGGCUGAUGAAGACGACUGGCUGUGACUUACCUCCAACAAUAGGAUGAAAGAAGAUGGUGUCUAAAAGUAUAAGAAAGAUACCACCUCAUACCCAUUAGAAUGACUCCCAUCAAAACAUACAAACAAAUAGAAAAUAACAGGUGUUUGCAGGGAUGUAGAAUAAUUGGAACCCUAUGCUCUGUUGGUGAGAAUGCUAAAUGGCACCACUGUGGAAAACAGUAUGGAAGUUCUCACAAAAGUAAAGCUAGAAUUAUCAUAGGAUCCAAACUCCACCUUUGGGUACAUACCAAAAAUAAUUGAAAGCAGGGUCUCAAAUAUAUAUUUAUACACCCAUGUUCAUGGCAAUGUUGCUCAUGUUAUCUAAAAUCUGGAAGCAACAAAAGUAUCCAUGGACUGAAAAAUUGAUAAGUAAAAUAUCAUAUAUAGAUAUACUAAAAUGUAAUUUAGCAUAGAAAAGAGGGAAGUUCUGACAUAUGCUAAAAUAUAGAGGAACUUUGAGGACAUUAUGCUAGGUAAAAUAAGCCCUUCACGCACACAAAAAUACAAUAUGAUCACACUUAUAUGAGGCACCUAGAUUAUCAGAUUCACAGAGACAGAAAGUAGAAUGGUGAUUGCCAGGUGCUAGGGCAGGAGAAAAUGAAGAGUCAUUUCAUGGUUAUAAAGUUUCAGAUUUACAAGAUAGAAAGAAUUCUGGAGGUAGAUGGCUGAUUGUUGUGCAAAAUUAUGAAUGUAGUUAAUACUAUUUGGCUGUACGCUUAAAAUUGUUAAGCUUGUAAUUUUGUUAUGACAUUUUACUAUGAUAAAAAUUGCGAAAAUAUAAUGAUACAAUUGAAAGCGAGAAGGUAUGAGAGCAACAUUAAUCAACUUACAUAGAGAAAAUUUUAGCUACUGAGCAACAUUGCUGAAAGAAGAAAUUAUGGUUAAAUAUAUUAUUAAUUGUUUCACAAUGAAUAAAAGGUUUGAACAUCAUGACAUCAUCAAAUAUUAGGUAGAAUAGACUAGAUAUGUGGCAAUGUAAGUGAGCUGCAUCUCAUUUUUCAUAUGAGGUAGUCAAUGGCAUUGUUUAUGUUUUAUAUAUCAGGAAACACAGAGCUGUAAGAGUCAUUAUUGAAAAUUCCAAAUGUUACUGCCAAACAAAACAAAACAAAAACUAUUGAAGGAAAUUACAUCUAGUGUGUGGGACUGAAGGUGGGAAGAGUUGUACUGGGAAAUAUGAUUUUUGUUGUAUUCUUUUCUGUACUACGGACUGUCUCAUGAAUGUAUUACUUUGACAAAACAUUUAAAAUUAUAUUGAAUUGACACUUUUAAUAAUUUAUAGAUGUCCAAAAAUCAGAUAGUAUUGAAUUUUAAUGUGUUGGAUUUUUAAAGGGUUUGUCAUAUGUUGUGAAGCAAAAAUUAAACAAAUGGAGCAAAUUGUUGAUAAUAUAAUAUGAUACUGGUGCUAUAAGGAAAAAAGGUAUAGGUAAAUAUGUGUCUGCCAGUUAUUUAUUUCUGGGUAUCAAAACACCCAAAACCUCAGUAGUUUAAUGCAAUAAGCAUUUACUAUCGUUCACAAGGUUACCAGUUAGUUACGUAGUUCUUGACUCUGCUGAGAUUAUCCAUGUGUCUGAGAUCACCUGUGCAUGGGGUAGGCAUCUUUACUGAAAGGCUGGGAUCUCUCAUAUGUUUGGAAAGCACAUGGCUGGAAGCUGGUCUAGAAUGACCUUGGCUGGGGCAAUUAGCCUCUUUUCCACAUGAUGUGUCUUAUCAGCUAGCAAUGUAGCUCAGGCUCAUCCUAAUUUAGUUUCAAGUGUCCACGAGGAAGAAGAGCACCAGGCUUUGUAAAGCCUGAGCUGGGAAUUGCACCAGAUCCUUCUACUGCAUUAUGUUGGCCAAAACCAAAUCAUAAGACUAGUUCAGGGUUGAAGCAAAGGGCAAGGAUACUAGGAAGCCAAUGAUGAAGGAAAUCAAUAAAAUCAGUAAUGUAUUAAGUGUUUUACAAAAGCAUAGAAAAAAUUCAGAAAGAUGCAAGCUAAACAUAUAACUGUGGUUACCUUGUGUCAAA